AUGAAAUACGCUUUUGUAGUCAUCCAAACCAUUUUAUGCCUGUUUUCUGUCGGAAAAUAUGUCGUUGCUGACGUUCCCAAUUUCGUCUCGGGUAACGGUAUAACUGUUCGAUCAGUAUCCAAGGUGAACAACGAAUUAUAUGAUGUAAUCAUAACAUCAGGAGAAGUACGUGGUGACCAGAAGAUUCGUAUACUUUUACCACAUGACUAUAUGACUAGUGGCUCAAAACGUCGAUAUCCGGUUCUUUAUUUAUUACAUGGAGGUAUGGGAGGUGCCGAUGAUUGGACUGCAAAAGGUGGCACAGCUCGAUGGACAGUUGGCAAUUUACCGUUAAUCACUGUUAUGCCUAAUGGUGAUCCAUUCGGAUGGUAUACAAACUGGGUUAAUCCUGGCAAUGCUGCACCACAAAAUUGGCGUACAUUCCACAAUGAAAAGUUGAUACCAUGGAUCGACGCCAAUCUACGAACAGUUGCUAAAAAGCAAGGUCGAGCUAUAGCAGGACUAUCUAUGGGUGGAUUUGGAGCCAUUCGUUAUGCUGAAGUUUAUCCACAUCUUUACAACUAUGCUGCCAGUUUUUCCGGUGCACUUGAUCUACUUGAUUGGCGCACUCAAACAGUCAUUCUCGGCUCCGAAACUAUCGAUAAAAAACCUUUAAACGGUCCAUUUGGUACUCCUUACCUUCCAUGGACAUCAAGCGGAUGGUUUGCACAAAAUCCCAUUACACAUGCAGCAACAUUACGCGAUGUUCACGUUGCAAUUUAUACAGGCAAUCAAGGUAUUGUGGAGAGUACAAUGCGCGAUGCUGCUAUUCGAAUGCACAACAUGUUAAAUUCUUUGAAUAUUCCUCAUCACUAUAACGAUUACGGCAAUGGUAAGUCAAUCGGUCAUAAUUGCCCUGGACGACAUGAAUUCUCGUGCUGGAAUGCAGCUCUUAUUGAUGUCGCGCCGCGAAUGAUGGCUGUUUUAGAACAGAAGUAUUAA